AUGGGGGGAGCUUCAGAAUUAACGAACAAGGACGCUAAAAAUUAUCUGAGACAGGAACAGGCGUCACGAAAGUCUGCAAACACAGGAGACAAGAGUGAGAGAGACGAUGUCGCUGAUUCAGUACAGGAAGCCUAUCCUCUAGUUAGUAAAGUGGCAGCAUCCAUGGACCGUUCAGAUACUUCUGAAGAACAAAGUACAGACGAAGCCGAACAAAGCACAGACGAAGCUGAACAAGAGUCCAAAAGGGCUUACGCUGAGUUAGUUGCAACCUUGCAAGCCAAGGGUAUACCACUGAGCGUAUUAGACCAUCCUUCUUCUAUAAGAUGGCUCGAAAAAUACACCGGUGUCUACAGAAGUUCUUGGCAUGGGUAG